AAGAAGAAAAAUUGAAACAAAAGAGAAUUUUUCUCACGUUUACAACUUCAAGUAGCGGAAAAUCAGAGAUUCCUGUUACUCCAGUGCCAAGAACACGUUAUCAAGUAAAUGAGAAAAAAAUGCGGGAAAAUAAUAUGCAGAGACUAGAAACCGCCAAUAAUGAUGAGGAAGAAGAAGAAGAUGAUGAUGAUGAUGAAGAUGAUGAUAGGUCAAGUGAUCAUUUAGUGAACUCGGGCCUAAUUUGUGCCGCCUGUCAUGUCACAGUUAGUUCCACAAUUCUCAGAGAUAAUAACAUUAAUUAUGAACAAGCACUUGCCUGUUCACAUGGACAUUUUCUUUGUCAACGAUGUGUGCAACGUUUUGCGAUUCGACCUGACAUAGGUUGCCUCAUUUGUGCAACGGAAUCACAAAAUUCGACAUAUUCCCAAAACAAUAAUAAUAAUAAUAGUUACGAAUCAAGUUUGGAUAAUAUUCAAAGUAAAUCCUCUGUACAAUAUUUACAACAGAAACGAAAGGAAGAAAUAUGUCCACGAACCCAUUAUCCACCGACUUCAUCAAUUAUCAAAAUUCCAUGUAACAAUAAUAUAAAAAUAAACUCAAUUUUUGAAUGGGGAACCGAUCACGGUGACACAAUUUACGAUGCUAAAAAUCCACGAAAAAGCUAUUGCAAUAUAAUAAAAAGAGAAGAAUCGAAUGCAGAUUUAAAAAUUACUUGUCAUAUGAUCGCCGAAUGUUCACGACGACCAAUUCGAUGUCCACGUCUUGAUUGUGCUCGCACUGUUGCACUAUCAGCAUUGACACAUCAUUUUCUAUUCGAUCAUCCCGAGGUUCCUAUUUUUAAUGUUGAACCCGGUGUAAACAACACUUUAAUUGUCAGUUUUUCCUCACUCACUUAUGGCUCAUCCAAAUGUCUUGCUCUUCUUCUCGUUUCCGGAAAAGUGUCGGGCGCUGCAGCUACACUAUUCAGUGGAAAUCAAGUUCAUCCAAAAUAUCGAAAUCGUUUACCAUUACCGGUUUUAGCAGCUCGAUUAAAGAUCAUUGAUCAGCUUAAUUGUCAAGAUGAAACAAAAGCAGGUGGAGAAGGUCGUGCAUGUGGUGAUAUUAUAAUAGCCUGGAUUGCGGGUCUUGAUUUAUCAGGCUCAUCUUCUGGAGCAUUACGCUGUAGUAUUCAAGCAGUUGACGGUCUACAAUCCGAAGUAUUCCGUUCGUUGACCUAUUGUGGACCAAUAAAUUCCCUCCGACGUGCUCAACGUCCACAGGAUAUUUUCGCAGCUGGUGACUGUGUUGUUCUUCACGAGGGUCUCAUCAAUCAGCUCUCAUCUAGAUGCGAUAAUUUCAUAGUUAACGCCAUUGUUCACUGAAACUCUUGCUCCCUUGAUGUAUCGUCUUUUUCAUUAGAGCCAAACUUGUCAUAGCUGGCGGACGGGCAUAGGCCUUGGGAAUAAAACCAUAUUUUCGUGUUUUUGGGGCAUAUGCCCAAAGCCAUCCAUCCACCGUUUGAUUUCCGAGAUCAGCAUAAAUCCAAUCAGCACGUCUCACGGAUAAAUCGUC